CACACACCGCCUUUCCUGGCCCACACCGCCUUUCCUGGCCCGCACCGCCUUAGCGGCCGCCAGAGGAGCGUCGCCUGCGCGGCUGAGGUAGGCUCGGCUGGCGGCCGCGGCGAGUUACAUCGUUUUCCUAUCUGUCCGCGUUUGCCGCCGCCCAGGACGGAAACAGAAUGUUCAGGAUGCUGAGCAGCAACUUUGAGGAUGAUCCUUUCUUCUCUGAUUCUUUUCUUGCACACCGAGAAAGUAUGCGACACAUGAUGAGAAGUUUUUCUGAACCUUUUGGAAGAGACUUGCUCAGUAUCUCUGAUGGUAGAGGGAGAGCUCGUAAUCAUACAAGACAUAAUGAUGAAGAUUCCUUGACUGCAACGAGUUGUUCUCUUGUGCCUUUUGGCAGUUUUGGUGGUAUGCGUACAGAUGUCAACCCUUUUCAGGCAAUGGACCGAAUGAUGUUAAAUAUGAGAAACAGUAUGCAGGAAUUACAAAGAAAUUUUGGUCACCUUUCAAUGGAUCCAAAUGGACAUUCAUUUUGUUCUUCCUCAGUUAUGACUUAUUCCAAAGUGGGAGAUGAACCACCAAAGGUUUUCCAGGCCUCAUCUCAAACCCGUAGAGCUCCAGGAGGAAUAAAGGAAACCAGGAAAGCAAUGAGAGAUUCUGACAGUGGACUAGAAAAAAUGGCUGUUGGUCAUCAUAUCCAUGACCGAGCUCAUGUCAUUAAAAAGUCAAAGAACAACAAGACUGGAGAUGAAGAGGUCAAUCAAGAGUUUGUCAAUAUGAAUGAAAGUGAUGCUCAUGCUUUUGAUGAUGAGUGGCAAAAUGAGGUUUUGAAGUACAAACCAGGAGGACGACAGCACAAUCUAGAACACACUAGAAUGCGGAGUGUUGGUCAUGAGAAUUCAGGAUCCCGAGAACUUAAAAGAAGAGAGAAACUUAACCAAAGUCCAGCCAUUGAAAGUGGAAGAAGAUCAAAUGUUUUUGUGGACAAACUCAACAUCAAAGGCUCACCUGUGAAAAUCAACAAAAAAUAAAUAGCCAUGCAUUUGAUUUGUUUAGUUUUGGUUGUUUCAACAGAGAAAGUAAUGGUGCUCAGUACUACACAUAAGACCAAUCUCUUAUUAAAUCAAUACUGUACGUUG